AUGCAUAGUAAAAUGAUUCUUGAAUUAGAUUUAGAUAUACUGAUAGGCAAAUGUUAUAAAGGUGCUGCUUUAGCUUUGUGUAUUUUGUUUUGUCCUUCACUGAAGACACAAGAUGAGCGGCCAAGCGAAAUAAUUUGUUCUAUAGCUGGAAGUGUCUGGAUCAGUACAUAUAAAUUCAAUAUAUCCGAAAUACCAGAUGAUUGUGAUAUAAUUUCUAUAGGUCAAUAUAGUUUUGACAGGAAUGAUGGUAUUGAUACAUAUACAACAGAAUCAGAUAAAGGUGUACUAAGAGCCUUGAACAAAGCUAACAAGGUCGUUUAUACACAACUUGGCUUCUAUAUUAAUGAUGAUUGGCCCUCAAUAUUGGCUCCUCAGGAUGAGGAACAAUAUAAGAAAGAAACAAUAGGUCCAUUAGUCAAUUUUUUAAAUACUUUUAAAAUUAGUGGUCUUCUCUUGAGUGUAGAAUGGAUUUACGGUGUCAUGGAAAAUUUUCCUCAAAAAAUAAGUACAUUUAUCAGUCAAGUCAAACAACAAGUAAAACAUAAAAUUAAAUUUGGAUUAAUCAUAGAUGCAUAUGCCUAUGCAAAUUUUAAUGAUACUUCAAGUUUCGAUUUUACAAUAACAAAUAAAGUGUUGGAUAUUUAUUUAAUUGACUUUGUAAAUUUAAACAUUUGUGAUUCAGAAGGUAAGCAAGAUGGUUUGGCUCCAAUAACAUGCCCAAGUCCGAAUAUGACGACUAUGGAACAAGUGACUUCAGCUGUAACUAAUUCAAAAAUGGAUAAGUCGAAAAUUUAUGCUUGGUUACAGAGUUUAAUAUUGAUGCCAAAUGAUCAACCGCUAUUAUUUUUAAAGCAAAUUACGACGUAUUCUACGUAUUGCAGCAUCCAUACAAAAAAUUCAUCUCUCUGGUGUCAGAACCCUUCACAGCUUUCAUAUGAUCAAGGGGCCUUUGCAAAAAAGAACUACCAAGGAAUUUUCAUAAAGUGUCUUGAUGGAGAUGAUUUCAACUCCAGUUGUGGUUGUGGACAAUUUCCAGUAACAAAGGCAUUUAUAAGUGGCUGGAAAUCAACUCCUCUCACACCGUGUUCCAAAUUAGAUUAUGAAUGGCCAAGUGAAAUAAUUUGUAAUAUUGCUGGAAGUGCCUGGGUCAGUACUUAUGAUUAUAAUGUAUCCGAAAUCCCAGAGGAUUGUGAUAUAAUUACCAUAGGUCAAUAUGCUUUUGACAGGGAUGAUGGUAUUGAUACCCAUACAACAGAAACAAAUAAAGGUGUAAUAAGAGCCUUGCAUAAAGCUAACAAGAUUGUUUAUACAAUACUUGGAUUCACUUAUGAAACAGACUGGCCCUCAAUAUUUGUUCCCAAGGAUGAGGAAAAAUAUAAGAAAGUAACAAUGGGUCCAUUAGUCAAUUUUUUAAAUUAUUUUAAAAUUAGUGGUCUUCUAUUAAAUAUAAGAAUGAUUUAUGAUGUCAUGGAAAAUUUUCCCCAAAAAAUAAGUACAUUUAUUAGUCAAGUCAAAGAACAAGUAAAACAUAAAAUACAAUUUGGUUUAAUCAUAGAUGCAACGACCUAUACAAAUUUUAAUAAUUCUUCGGGAUUUGAUUUUACAAUAACAAAUAAAGUGUUGGAUCUUUAUUUAAUUGACUUUGCAAAAAUAAACAAUUUUUGUGAUUCAGAAAUAAAAAAAUAUGGUAUGACUCCAGUCAAAAGUCCAAGUCCUAAUAUUACGAGUAUAGAUCAAGUGACUUCAGCUGUAACUGAUUCAAAAAUGGAUAUUUCGAAAAUUUAUGCUAUGUUAAAGUGUUAUAUAAGGAUUCCAGACGGUCAACCGUUAAUAAGUUAUAAGCUAAUAACGUCGUAUUCUAUGUAUUGUAGCACCCAUACAAAAAAUUCAUCUCUUUGGUGUCAGAACCCUUCACAGCUUUCAUAUGAUCAAGGGGCUUUCGCAAAAAAGAACUACCAAGGAAUAGUCAUAAAUGUUUUUGAUGGAGAUGAUUACAAUUCCAGUUGUAGUUGUGGAAAAUUUCCAGUAACUAACGCAUUUAUUAGUGGAUGGAAAUCAAGUUCUCUCACACCGUGUUCUAAAUUAGAUUAAACAGAACAGACAAAAAUGGGAUAAAUUAAAUUAUAACUUUUAAACUAUAUAAUAUACAGUAAUAAUUAUUUAUAGAUAUUUAUUAA